UGUUGUGUGACAUGCGCACACUGGUUAAGGGAGUGCAAACAGGAAAUGCAGUGGCUGCUCCUAUCAUUGUAAAAGAAAAAUAAGAUUUUGUCUGCGAGAUGCAUUGGGAAGAAAAGUAAUACGCAAAAUCUAACAGAAAACCUAUUUACACGGUCUUACAAAUGAUGCGUUUUAAGCGACACGUUACUUACUAAAGUUUUUUUGGAACAGGCAGAGUAGCAGCUUGCAGAAGAAAGUGGUUAAGAUGUUUGGUCUCAGAACAAAGGUGGAAAAAGUGAAACGGAGGCUCAAAGUGGAUCACCUAAGAGAAGUCUGGCGUCAGUAUCCAGUUUUCUGUUUUAUUUUAGUAUUUCUUAUGCUGUCUACAGUUCUUCUGAACAGGUAUCUUCAUAUUUUAAUGAUAUUUUGGUCGUUUGUGGCAGGAGUGGUCACAUUUUACUGUUCCUUAGGACCAGAGUAUCUUUUGCCAAAUAUUCUUUUCACAAUUAAACCAAGACCCAAGUUAGAACAGCAAGAAUUGUUUCCUCUGGGGCAUAGCUGUGCAGUGUGUGGGAAAAUAAAAUGCAGACGUCACAAGCCGACGUUAUUGUUGGAAAACUAUCAACCAUGGUUAGGUCUGAAGGUUUAUUCAAAAGUAGAUACAUCACUUUCAGAAGUACUGGAAUUAGUCUUGGAAAACUUUGUUUACCCUUGGUACAGGGAUAUUACAGAUCAUGAAGCCUUUGUAGAUGAACUAAGGGCAACAAUCCGUUUUUUUGCAUCUGUUUUAGCUCGCAGAGCACAAAAAGUUGAUAUCCCAACACUUAUAACGCACAAGCUGCUGAAAGUAGCAAUGAAACACAUUGAAAUAAUUGCCAAAGCAAGACAAAGAGCAAAAAACACAGAAUGCCUGCAGCAAGCUGCUUUAGAGGAGUAUGGUCCUGAUUUGCACAUAGCAGUACGAAGCCGAAGAGAUGAACUACAAUACUUAAGAAAAUUAACAGAGCUAUUAUUUCCCUAUAUUCUUCCUCCAAAAGCAUUAGAUUGCAGGUCACUCACCUUGCUUAUUAGGGAAGUCCUUGCGGGCUCAGUUUUUCUACCAUCAAUGGACUUUUUGGCUGAUCCAGAUACUGUUAAUCAUUUGAUUUUAAUCUUCAUUGAUGAUAGUCCCCCCGAAAUGGCAACUGAGCCACCUUCAGCUUUUGUUCCAUUCUUGCAGAAAUAUGCAGAAUCAAGAAAUAAGAAAACAUCUGUGUUAAAGCUGGAACUGAAAGAGAUCCGAGAGCAACAGGAUCUUCUGUUUCGCUUCAUGAAUUUUCUAAAACAAGAGGGAGCAGUGCAUGUGCUUCAGUUUUGUCUUACAGUUGAGGAGUUCAAUGACAAGAUUUUGUGUCCUGAGCUGACAGAUUCAGAAAUGAUGAAUCUUCAUGAGGAGGUGAAAAAAAUAUAUACAACAUACUGUCUGGAUGAGAGCAUUGACAAAAUUCGUUUUGAUCCUUUCAUUGUAGAAGAAAUAAGAAAUAUUGCAGAAGGGCCCUACUGCAGUGUUGUAAAACUUCAGACUAUGCGCUGUUUAUUUGAAGCUUAUGAACAUGUUCUAUCCCUGCUUGAAAAUGUAUUCACACCAAUGUUUUGCCACAGUGAUGAGUAUUUUCGACAUCUUUUGAGAGGAGCAGAAUCCCCUGCACGUAACUCAAGGCUUAGUCGAAAUAGCCUGAGUUUGGAUGAUAUCCGCACUGAAAAGGAUUAUAUGCAGGGGUGCCUCGAAUGUUCAUCCAUAGCACAAGCCACCAUGAAACCAGGGUCAUCAUCUGCAUCUGUUUUCCCUCAUGUCCAGUCAAUUCUAACACUCCCAUCUGGCAUUUUUCCUUCUCUCCCUGCUACUUUAAAGAGUACUACUAAACGUGGAGAAUCUUUUGGCAUAAGCAGAAUUGGUAAUAAAAUUAAGGGUGUCUUUAAAAGUACAACUCUAGAAGGAGCCAUGCUUCCAUCCUAUGGUCUGUCAGAAGGGGAUGAUGACUUGGUUGAAGAAGCAAUAAUGGUGCUUGAAGAUGACUCACCUGUAGAGGCUAUAAGCACCCCUAGCACUCCUCGUAACCUUUGUGCUUGGAAGAUAACCAUUCCAUAUGUGGACUUUGAUGACAUCAAGAAAGAAAGAAUUCCAGUGUUUUGCAUUGAUGUAGAGAGAAAUGACAGGAAAGCAGUAGGUCAUGAAACUGAACACUGGUCUGUGUACAGAAGAUACCUUGAGUUCUAUGUUCUGGAGUCCAAACUGACUGAAUUUCAUGGCUCAUUUCCAGAUGCUCAAUUACCCUCGAAAAGAAUUAUAGGACCCAAAAACUAUGAAUUUUUAAUGUCUAAAAGAGAAGAGUUUCAGGAAUACUUGCAGAAACUUCUCCAGCAUCCAGAGCUAAGCAGCAGCCAAUUACUUUCUGAUUUCCUCUCCCCUAACAGUGGCGAAUCGCAGUUUCAUGAUAAAAUGCUUCCAGAUGUGAAUUUAGGAAAGAUUAUAAAGUCUGUCCCUGGUAAACUUAUUAAAGAGAAAGGUCAACAUUUGGAACCUUUUAUAAUGUCCUUCUUCAAUUCUUGUGAGUCUCCAAAACCUAAACCAAGUAAACCGGAACUUACUAUACUUAGUCCUACAUCAGAAAACAACAAAAAGCUUUUUAAUGAUUUGUUCAAAAACAAUGCCAACCGAUCAGAAUAUACAGAGAAAAAACAUAAUCAAAACUACUUCAUGGAGGUGAUAACAGUGGAAGGAGUCUAUGAUUGUUUGAUGUAUGUUGCACGGGUUGUGUUCCAUGUACCGGACUGGUUACAUCAUCUUUUGAGUGGAGGAAGGAUUCUUUUCAAGAAUACUCUUGAGGCCUAUGCUGAUUAUUAUUUGAAAUACAAGUUAGAUCAGGUUCUUCAGGAGCACAGAGUUGUUUCAUUAAUAACACUGUUAAGAGAUGCAGUAUUUUGUGAAAACAGUGAGCCACGAUCUUUUGAAGAUAAACAAAAAAGAGCAAAAAUUACAUUUGAAGAAAUGAUGGGUUACAUUCCAGACUUCAUUGGAAAAUGUAUUGGUGAAGAAGCUAAAUAUGAAGGGAUUCGCCUGCUGUUUGAUGGACUCCAACAACCAGUUCUUAAUAAACAGCUUACGUAUGUUUUAUUAGAUAUCACAAUUCAAGAACUUUUCCCAGAACUUAAUAAGGCACAGAAGGAGAUUCUCAGUACUACAUCAUGGAUGUAAAGAAGUACUGUCAAAGUGCUCUGAACACUACACGCACAUCCAAAAAACCUUCAUUAUUACAAGUUUAAAUGAUUUCAUGUGCAGAAUGUUAAAACUUGUGAUUGUAAGAAAAACUGUAUUUGAUUGCAUUAAUAAAGAUUAUUUAUUGAUUUGCA